AUGGCGCUGUUUGAACCGGCCCAGUUCCUGCAGACGUUCUCCGCGGAGGGCCGGGACCGGGUGCGGAUCCAGCUGGCGCACGGCACCACCACCCUGGCCUUCAAAUUCCAGCACGGGGUCGUCGUGGCCACCGACUCCCGGGCAUCGGCCGGCAGCUACAUUGCCGACCUGACCUACAACAAGGUGAUCGAGAUCAACCCCUACCUGCUGGGCACCAUGUCAGGCAGCGCGGCCGACUGCCAGUACUGGGAGCGGCUCCUCGCCAAGCACUGCAGGCUCUACGCCCUGCGGAACAAGGAGCGGAUCAGCGUCUCGGCUGCCUCCAAGCUGCUGUCGAACAUGCUGUGCGAGUACCGGGACAUGGGGCUGUCCGUGGGCAGCAUGAUCUGCGGCUGGGACAAGAAGGGCCCCGGCCUGUACUACGUGGAUGAUAAGGGGAUGCGUCUCUCCGGCCCCAUGUUCUCCACGGGCAGCGGGAAGCCCUACGCCUACGGGGUGAUGGACAGCGGGUACCGGCCCGACCUGAGCGUGGAGGAGGCUUAUGACCUGGGGCGCCGCGCCAUCUCCUACGCCACCCACCGUGACGCCUACUCCGGGGGCGUCGUCAACAUGUAUCACAUGAAGGAGGACGGCUGGAUCCGGGUCGGACGGACGGACGUCAGUGACCUGCUGCACCAGUACGCGGACGCCAAGCAGUGAGAUGGGAACGGACCCGACACCCCGCACUCAGGGACCAGCGAGA